UAUAGCAAAACACAAGCCCCUGUUCUGAAACAGAAACUACAAGAACGUAUAAAUCGUGUUCCAGAUAAUCUAGAUUUUGUUUGCAAACUGUAGAACAAGGAAAGCAGAAAAGAUGGGCAACGCUCAGUCACCUCCUCCCAAAGAUCCUCGCUUUGCUUCCGCCUCCAGAGCUUUCACUCAUACUGAGCUUGAAGAUCUCAAGUCCCUGCUUGAGUCCUUGGCUGCUCAGUCACACAGCGACGGCCAGUUCAUCUCUCCCUCGGUUUUUCAGACUUAUUUCGGGCUUCAUGGUCCUCUUGGAGAUAGGAUGUUUGAUUUAGUAACCCAGCAACGGAAAGACCAGAAGCUCACUUUUGAAGACCUGGUGGUAGCCAAAGGGACUUAUGAGAAGGGAACAAGAGAUGAUAUUGAAGAGUUCAUAUAUAAAUUGUUGGACCUAAACGGCGAUGGCAUUUUGGGGAGGUCUGAUCUGGAAGGUGUUCUGGUUGCAAUGUUUGAAUACAUAUUCAAAACAAAAAACUCUGAACCUGGAUCAAGUACAUAUCGGGAAACUGUGAAUGCAUUUCUUAAUGCUGCACAGUUUACAAAGCACGACGAAGGACAUACUGAGGAAAGUUUGUCCUUUGAAGAUUUCAGAACUUGGUGCACUCUUCUUCCUUCUGUCAGGAAGUUCCUUGGAAGCUUAUUGAUUCCACCUGAUCAAGGAAGGCCAGGUUCUCAGGUUCCACGGUUAUUGCAAGUGGAAAACAUCAAUUCAAAUAUGAUAUUAUUAAACGAGGUGUAUGCCUGGCAUAUAGGAGGAAUCCUUCCUCACCAAGAGCUGGGAGAAUGGAAACUAUUAUACCAUAGUGCUGUUAAUGGUCUGAGCUUCAACACAUUUGUGGGAAACAUAUCAAAUGAUAAAGGGGCAACUGUAUUCAUUAUCAAGGAUAAAGACGGUUAUGUAUAUGGAGGUUAUGCUUCCCAACCGUGGGAGAGGCAUGGUGAUUUCUAUGGUGAUCUGAAGUCAUUUCUUUUCCAAUUGUAUCCGAAGGCAUCUAUAUAUAGACCUACUGGAGCAAACACUAAUCUACAAUGGUGUGCUGUGAAUUUCGGUUCAGAGAGCAUCCCAAAUGGUAUUGGUUUUGGAGGAAAGGUGAAUCACUUUGGUCUCUUCCUUUCGGCGAACUUUGAUCAGGGGCACACUUUCUCGUGUACCACAUUUGGUUCCCCUUGCCUCUCCAAGACCAGCCGAAUAUGCCCGGAAGUAAUAGAAUGCUGGGGAGUUGUUAGGAAAGCAGCAGAUGAAGAAAAACAGGACGGUGCUAAAGGCACUGUAUUGGAGAGGUUUAAGGAAGAUCGUCAUAUGCUCAACAUGGUUGGGCUCGCAAAUUCCAGCUAGUAAUUUAUGUACAGUAUCCCGGCAUGGUCGUAAUUUGAAUGUCUGACAGGUUUUCUAUACAAUUGCAUCUUCUAGCUCAAUGAGACAUGAUGUUUCUGAUGUGGCUUACUUGCAAAUAGCUGAACAGGAUUUCACUGUGAUCUCGUGGUCAUUGGUUUGCUGUCUGCUUGUAGCUUUACAAGUAUGGCUUUUGCUUCCAUUUCUUUAUCACAGUCCUUGUACUUUUGAUAUUGUAUUCUUAUAUCCUCUAGUCUCUGUACAUAAAUGAUCUAGAAGUAUAAUAUUGCAUUAGCUGGA